AUGGCGGAGGCAGAAAGCACUCACUUCGAUUUGAUUAUUCGUCAUGGUAGAGUUAUAGAUCCAGCUAAUGAGCGAGACUUUAUAGCAGAUGUUGGAGUCAGAAGCGGAAGAAUUUGCGCAGUCGCUAGAGGUCUUGAAGGAACAGGGCUGGAGGAGUUUGACGCAUCAGGCUAUAUUGUAACACCUGGGUUGAUUGACAGCCAUGUGCAUGUUUAUCAGUAUGCCACGCCCUUGGGUGUUAAUGUGGACGAGACAUGCUUGGCCAGGGGUGUUACAACUGUUGUUGAUGCUGGGAGUGCAGGUACAUCCACAAAGUUUUGUUGUUUAUAUUGAUUGACUGUUCAGAAUUUCCCACUCUACCCCACAAGAGAAGUUCAGCUAUCAUAAAUAAAAUGAAUGAUAAUGAAAGUUUACAAAUUUUUGUCAAUCGUUUUAUCCAUAAGAGUGAUUGGCAUCUAAUUUCUUCUGACAAUUUCACCCCUGAAUGAACAUUAAGGUCACGAGAAUAAAGGAAAUGAUCAUCAAGUAAAGAAGCUGUUGAUUGUUAAACAAAUUCUCCUUGUCAGUACCUUUGGAGAUGUGUAAAGAAAUGUGUGGAGAAUAUGCAUACUAGUGUUCUGAUGUAAAGCAUUUCAGGUUUUGUGAAUCUGAUUAUACACAACUUUUUUUUUAAAGUAUCAUGUGCAUUUUGAAUUCAUUUACCAGUAGAAAUUUUCAAUCAAAAUGCCAGAAUGUGCGAGUGCUAAAAACAAGCUUCCCCUACCUAUAGCAAAACCCUGCAGCAAAAUCAUUUUUAGCAAUAAUUUUUAUCUGCUUUUAUAUCUAUCAACCACUUGCACCCUAACAUUAGUAUGCAUAUUAUAUAAGGUGCUGACAAGGAGAAUUUGUUUAACAAUCAAGAGUUUAUUUAGGUGGCGGCCAUUUCCUUUAUUCUCAUGACCUUGUAAUGAGUGAUUCAGGGGUGAUAAUUUAAGGAGAAAUUAGAUUCUAGUCUGACUCUUGAGGGUCAUUAUGGGUUAACAUGAAGUAGUUGUCCAGUUACCUUCAAUGUGGUUAAUAUAUAUCUUAAUAUUGUUUAACCAAGCCGUAACUUGUCACCUGUCUGUACCCUUAUCAUAUGUAUGUGAUCAUUGUCAUUUUGAAAAAAUAAAACCAAAAAAAAAAAGAAGUCAUCAUGCUCUCAGUGCUGGAUAUUGUCUGUGAUAUUGUAAGUUUUUCUAUGUGAAUACCACUCACUAUCAUCUGUUAGUCAACAAAUUAAAAUGAAGGAAACUAAUGGCAUUAGGCCCUAACUGAACAGAAUUGAAAAAAAAAACAGUUUUUAAACAAUAUAUUUUAGGCCUUGAGUUCCCACAAAUAGAACAAAUGAAAAGGUAAGCAAAAAUGGUGCUUCUGAUGUCUGUUAAUAUGCAUAAGACUGGCCACUCAUAUUUACUUGCAAAAAUUACACAUAUGCAUGUCAAAGCCAUGGGAUCUUCUUAAACUGCUUUGGACUUUUUUUUCUAAGCCUCAAAAAUACUUUUGUCACUUGUGGGAUCAAGCUUACCUAUGCAACAUUGAAACCUCUUUUUUUCACAGGAGCCUCAACCUUUCCUGGCCUUCGAAAAUUCAUUGCAGAAAAGUCCCAGACCACAGUUUUGGCUUUACUCCAUAUAGCAGCUCAUGGUUUGGCAUCUGCAGGAUGUACUGGUCAAGGUAUGAAAUGUAAUUAAAACUUUGUCAGAUCUUUAUAUACAAAAGAAGCUUUGUUUAGGGCUAUCAAUACAUACUAAGGUUUCAUGAAUUUUUAAGAGGGUUUGUAUACAAGUGGCUAUAAAGUUUUAGGAUUACGGUAACAGUGAGAUUUACAAUUUAAUUUUAAAGUAAUUGGUUACUACAAACUUGUGUGGAUUUGGAGUUAAGGCUAGUAUUAAUUGUGUUACCAACCUUGCAAAAACUUAUAAUGCAAAGGUUUACUGCCGGCUCCAAAGGUUUUGAUCUGGAGUUGUAACUGAACAGUUUUCAGUCCAAUUUCCUUCAUUCAAUUAUUUUAAAUUGGCAGCAGGAACAAAAAAUUUCAACGUUUUUCUUUUGACUUCAUAGUCAUAAUUUCACAUGUUAUUGAAAAGUACACUGAAUUAGCAUAUAAAAUAGUAACACUGCUCCAAAUUAUGCAUUUCUCAGCAAGCACAAUUUCAGGUGAAGAUGCUCAAGUGGUAGUCGUAGUCAAUUUAGUCACAGUCAAAACCUUUCAAACCAAACCAUAUUAUUAUAACACCUUUUCUGUAAAGUUUAAUUAACCCUUUCACUCCCAAGAUCUAACUGGUAAUUCUCCUUACUAUCUGCAAUACAAUUCUUAUGAUGUUAGUUCAGAGAAUUUGGUAUUGGAUCAACCAAUAAUCCCAUGAUUGAUAUUCUUCUCAAUUCUAAUCACCUACCUGCUUGAUAUUGUAUUGAUAUUGUAAGGAGAAAUUCUGUUUUGGUCACUUGUGGGAGUGAAAGGGUUAAGCUUUGUGCCAUAAUGUUUGCAAUUGAGUUAUAAUUUUAAAAACACAAUUUCUGAAUCUCACUAUUUACCUUUUAUAUCUGUUAUUUUUUGUCUUUGCAAAAGGGGGUGAGUGUGAGUUAAAAUUUUAAAUACAACAUUUCUAGAUGUCACUAUUUACCUUCUAUUUAUAAUAUGUUAUUUUUUGUCUUAGCAAAAGGGGGUGAGUGUGAUUCAUUAAAUCAAGUGGAUGCAGAAUUGUGUGCAGAAUGUGUGAGCAAAAACAAAGAUAUGAUUGUUGGUGUAAAAGUUCGUCUUUCAGCAAGUGCUGCAAAUGAUGGAGCUAAUGAAGAGGAAGCUUUCAGGUAUGUUUUUUUUCUAUUUUUUAGUUAGAAAUGAGACCUUACAAUUGAGCUCAUUUCCAAAUUGACUUUUCAUUUGUAUACAGAGAUCCAUAAUUACUAACACAUCAUGACCUGAUUUGAGUUAUAAAAUUUUAGCUGAGAAUUCUGGUAGGACCUGUCAUAUUACGUCAUACCACGCGCUCCCAUCGGACCUGUGGGAAAAAACGUGGUAUCGGACCCGCCAUUUUGAUUUCGCCCAUGUUGUCAUGUAGUAGCUGUUGCGUUAUUGAAUAAAGAGUUUAAAUGGAAAAAUUGUGACAUGGAUGUCGGAAGUGGGAUAGAUUUACACCAAUAGAGGAAUUCUCACCGCUAGAACAACCAAGAAAACCGGUACGUACGAUUUUACAGUGUUUACUACAAAGUCCUGUCUUAUCGUGCAAUUUAGCCAAAAAUGAGCGACUUGGUUGGGUUUGAAGUACCAAAAAUGGACUGGACCUGGCCCAGAUUUAUUAACUAGAUUCAAGAGAUUCCGCCAAAAGUGUGAACUGCUACUUGAUGGACCGUUAAAAGCUCGAGACGGCACUCAAAAAUGCAAAUAUGUGCUACUAUGGUCAGGCGAUUACGGAAUAGACUUAUUUAACACUUGGUCGCUAACCGAAGACCAACAAAAAAGACCUGAAAGAAUACUGGAAAAGAUUCGAAGACCAUGUUAAACCACAAGCAAACCAUAUCUUGAACAGAUAUUAUCUACGAGGUCUGAAACAGAAUAAUCGUCCCCAGCCACCUUCCUGACUGAAGCAAGGCUACUCAUACAGAGCUCAGGUUACCCACCUGACUUACAUGACGAACUCAUGCGUGACACAUUAGUUUUCGGCACCGAUUCGGAAGAGGUCAGACGAAAAUGCAUUGCCCGCGGUAAUGAAUUAACCUUUGCAAGGGCAAAAGAAAUUGCACGAACUGAUGAGGCUACCCAGAUGCAAUUAAAAGCAAUGAGUGACACUACAAACCCAAAGCAAGAAGAAGGGGAAGUCAAUGCAAUCAGCAGAGGAAACAAGCCCAGAAACCAGCCCCACCAAAGGUACACCAGUGGUAGAGGAAACAGACGACGUGACAACAACCUAAGACAGUGCUACAGAUGUGGAGACACACCACACACCAAAGACCAGCAGUGCCCAGCCACUGGAGUAGAAUGCUUCAACUGCAACAAACGCGGUCAUUUUAGCAAAGUUUGCAAGUCUAAAACAAGGUCAGAUGUGAUGACCCUACAAAAAGAACAACCUGAUGGUGUAACAAGUGAAUGCACAAGCUACGACAAAGUCUUCCUGGGAACACUAGAAGCCCGAGACAGCCCCAGUACCUCAAUGAUCGCAAGCAUUGAACAAAAAGAAAAACAACGCACCAAAGUCACGACUGAAAUACAAGUCACGGUAGACCCCCAUGAUACACACCUGAUACCUAUUAUCUGCAAGGUCGACACUGGUGCAGAAGUUAAUGUCAUCUCCAAAGACGACUAUGACAGACUCAACCGCAGUUCCCAGCAGAUACCCCUUGGCCCAACACACCACAGGAUUACUGCGUAUGGAGGCCACGCCAUCAAGACCCUUGGAACCUGUCCACUAUACGUCCAUCAAAAUGGCAGCAUUAAAGAAGUCGUUUUCAAUGUUACUGACGUACCAGGACCUACAAUGCUUGGCUGUAAAACCUGCGAGGAACUUGAGCUGGUAAAAUUUAAUUGCAGCCUAGAAACCUCCAAAGAAGACAAAGAGACCCGCCUUAAAGAACACAGACCAUGCAAACCGCACCAAAGGACCAGCAGAUACCCUAGCCGUCUAGACACUGAAACAUACCCCCACUGGACAGGAUAACCUUCUUCAACAACUUCGAGACUGCUUUGAAGGCCUGGGAACCUUCAAUAUGAAACCUUAUCACAUCACCCUAGACUCCAAUGCUGAACCUGUCAUCCACGCACCACGUACCGUACCAGUACACCUUCGAGACAUGUUUAGAAAGGAAAUCAACACCAUGGUAGAACUUGGAGUGCUCAUACCCGUAAGCGAACCCACAGACUGGGUUAAUAGCAUCGUCCUCUCUGAAACAACCAACGGCAAAGGAGAAGUCACCAAAAUCAGAGUCUGCCUCGAUCCACGUGACCUAAAUAAGGCAAUAAAACGCGAACACUACUACACCAAAACAAUUGAUGAGGUAGUCACACAGCUUAGUGGUGCCAAAUUCUUUAGUGUAGUUGAUGCCAAAAAGGGCUACUGGCAUGUACCAUUAGACGAAGCCAGCUCCUACCUGACUACUUUCAACACCCCGUUCGGGAGAUACCGUUUCACCCGGCUCCCCUUUGGCCUUAUUGUAUCACAAGAUGUGUUCCAGAAACACUUAGAUUCAGCACUGGAGGGCCUGAAAGGAGUCACCGGCAUUGCAGACGAUACAUUCAUAUACGGAGCUACAGAGGAAGAGCACGAUGCGAACAUGGUAAACCUCAUGAUCAGAUCCAGGGAAAGGGGAAUCAAAUUCAACAAAGACAAAGUACAGCUCAAAUGUCAGGAAGUCAGCUUUUUCGGCCACAAAUGGACCCAGGAUGGAAUCAAACCAGAUGACAGUAAGAUAUCUGCAAUCCAGAAGAUGACCCCACCUGAGAACCGCAAAGACCUCCAAAGCUUCUUAGGCCUCGUAAACUACCUUACAAGAUACUCAGGGCGAUUGGCUAGCCUCACAGCACCACUGCGAGAACUUACCAAGAAGGACACCGCAUAUGUAUGGGGACCUGAACACGACGACUCAUUCAACCAAGUCAAACAGGAAAUCACAUCAAUGGGAGUCCUCAGAUACUUUGACCCAAACAUCGAGUCUGUCAUUCAAACUGACGCUUCCCAGAAGGGAGUAGGCGCCGUCCUUUUUUUGCAGCAGGGGCAACCUGUAUGCUAUGCCUCCAAAGCACUUACAGACACAGAAAAAAAAACUACAGCAACAUUGAGAGAGAAACACUUGGUGUAGUAUGGGGCCUAGAGAGAUUUAACUACUACAUUUUUGGGAAGCACUGUACAGUAAACACUGACCAUAAACCUCUUGAGGCGAUUUUCAAGAAGCGACUGUCCAGUUGCCCACCUAGAUUACAGAGGUUCUUGAUGAGAGCCCUGAAAUACGACGUUACGGUCAACUACGUAAAAGGUCCUGAUGUACCAAUAGCCGACGCUCUCUCAAGAGUCAGCCCCAGCCUACCCCUAGCAGCAGUCAACUUUCAGAGAUAUAUGUCCACCACGUCACACAACAUCUCCCUGCAACUCCAACAAAGCUACAACAGAUCCGUGACGAAACAGGGAGGGAUCCUGUGUUGUCUCUGUUAAAAGAAAUGGUCUUUGAAGGAUGGCCACAGAAAAGAGAAGAGUGCCCCAACUGCUACAUGGCUAUUGGAAUUUCAGAGAAGAGCUGACCAUCGAGGACGGCUUAGUACUAAAAGGAGACCGCAUCGUGAUACCUCCUACUCUCAGACCUGAAAUCCUGAACAUCAUACACCAAGGCCACCUAGGGCAAGAGAAAUGCCUUUACGAGCACGUACAUCCGUUUUCUGGCCUGGAAUUACAAAGGAAAUCAUCAACCAAGUUAACCAGUGCGAGCCCUGCCAGAAAUACCAAAAUAAAGCAAGGAAAGAGCCAAUACUACAGCCAGAACCGCCACACCGACCAUGGGAAAGACUCAGUUCGGACUUGUUCGAAUUUAGAGGGCAGCAAUACCUCCUGUUGACAGAUCAAUACAGCAGAUUUCCUGUCAUCAGGAGACUAACAAGCACCACGUCAUCUGCAGUUAUCAACCAUCUGAAGAGCAUCUUUGCAGAACACGGCAUCCCUACGCAGUUGACGACCGACAACGGACCGCAGUACAGUUCGGCAGAAUUCAAGCAUUUUAUGAACGUCUACGGGGUAGAACACAUUACUAGCUCCCCUAUACCCCCAAUCCAACGGGUUUGCUGAGCGAAUGGUCCAGACCGUGGAAAACAUUCUCCAAAAGUGCGAUGAAAAUAAAGAGGACCCGUACCUUGCUCUCCUAUCAUACCGGGCCACUCCCUUGGAUCACCAGCUGAAAUCCCCAGCAGAACUGCUCACCAACAGAAAAUUUAAAACUAGAUUACCAGCAUGCCAUAGAGUCCUCCUCAACCACUCUCACCAUGAGGUCAUGAAAAGUAAGCUCAUAGCCCGUCAGGAGAAACAAGCCCACUAUUACAACCAGCAUUCAGGACCACCCAAAAAAGCCAUUCGAAGCUGACCAACCCAUCCGCACGUACAACCACCACUCACAAACCUGGGAACCUGGCAUUAUUGUAAAACCCGCCGAACAGCCAAGAUCUUACAUCAUCAGAUCCAGCAGUACAGGUACCACCUAUCGAAGAACACGGGCCCAACUGAAACCAGACACAACUGCAGUGAGGGGAACACAAUGCCAGCGGGUGGAAACCCCAGUAUACCAAGGUUCUGAGAUACCUCAGCAGACAACUAGUCUUGCCCCAGUCAGUCACACACAGACAUCGCACAAAAACGGUGCAGCCCCCAGACCAGGAUCUGGCGAAACAGUGCCACUGAACAACAUCCCCCAGGGACCCUCAGACAUAGCUGGAGGAUAUGUGACCAGAUCUGGGAGGACUGUGACACCUGCACAAAGGCUGGAUCUAUAACAGUAGAGACACUAAAGAAUAGACUUAUAAGUAUAAGCACAGGAGGGAUAUCCUUUCAACCAGUAUUGUAAUGUUCUGGAGAUAUGAUAAGUUCCAUUUUUUUUUUUUGUCGUUAUUAUUAUUAUUACAUCGGUAGAAAGGGGGAUGUCAUAUUACGUCAUACCACGCGCUCCCAUCGGACCUGUGGGAAAAAACGUGGUAUCGGACCCGCCAUUUUGAUUUCGCCCAUGUUGUCAUGUAGUAGCUGUUGCGUUAUUGAAUAAAGAGUUUAAAUGGAAAAAUUGUGACAGGACCCUUUGCCUGGGCCAUACUUUGUGUUGUUUUGUUGUUCAAGAUAAUUAGCUCUCACUGACUGCCUUCAUGUAGCUUAGCCCACCAAAGAGUGUAAAUUAGUACUAUACAACUGUUAGGGUAAUCUGAUAAACUUAAGGUGUAAUAUGUGAUCAUGAACUUACAACUUUCAUGCAGGGAGAGCUAGUGCACCUCUCCUAGUUGCUAAGAGGGACCUUAUGCAAACUAUGAUGGCAAUGGCUACUUAAGGGAACGUUACAUCUCUGAAUAUGCAUGUUAGAGCUAUCACCUAGCUGUCCAAUGUAAAAUAAUUUUGUGAAAUCACCAAAUUCUUACUGUCAGAACACUUUAAUUGAUGCAACCUACCCCUUAUUCUGCUACUGCUGUCAGAAAGCAGAGGUAUUCAUUCUCAAAAGUCUUGAGAAAAAAUGUAGGUUUGUUUUGUAAUUACCUGUCCUUUAGCAUAAUUACUCUUAGCUAGCCUCUUACUGCUUAACAAAGGUCCCUAGUUAAGCAGUAUACCAGAUAAGCUCUGGUGGGCCCCUUCAGCCAAAGCUAUUUUUGUGUCUCUGUAGGAGAGCUCUCAAAGUAUCAUCAGAAACCCAUGUUCCUCUCAUGGCUCAUCACACAUUUUCCACUAUUGAUACUCAAAGAAAAGGUAGGAUAUACAUCAAUAUACUUACAAACAUUUUAUGAAACAUGAUUGGCGUGAAGCAGCAAACAAAUUCCAGUUUCCUUUGCUUCCCAGGUCAUAAAGUACACCAAUAAUUCCAGGUUAAUCAAAACAUUGCAAAAAAAAAAAAGACUCAUCUUUGUUUGGUAAAAAAAUGAUGCCGUUGGGAACACUCGGCAACUGUUAACGAACAGACACAAACUGGGUUCGAAGUUUCUGAAUUUGGUUAUGAAUUAUUGACGGAGUACGAAGUGUCCGUGCGUACGAAACGACUGGCUACCCUUAGCUUUGUGAGUUGCGUGACUCACGUGAUCAACUCAAUAAUACAACUUAUUUGUUUGUUUGUUUUUUUAUAGUAGUAUUUCUCCGUUCCAGUUUCUUUGCAUUUCACUGAAAUGGAAUAAAUAAACCUUAAUCUCUAUUUGGAGUGAAAUUAUGCACAGAUAUUUGUCCGCGGACAUUACCUGUUCUAAGAUGCGAGUAGUUUUUCGAGUGCGGAGCGCGAGGAAAACUGUUAGCCUCAAGGAACAUAUAAUGUCCAUUAACAAAUUUGAGAGCAUAUUUUUGCGCAAAAUAGAGGCUAUUGUGUUCAUUAUCUCUCAAUUAUUUUUCCGCACGCGUAAAAAAAUGGUUAAGAACAGGUUACUGUUUGCUGCAUGGCAUGUUUCCUUUUUUGUGUCCUCUGGUUCGACGUUAUUAAAAAAACAAAUGUUUCCCCCUCUUCUGUAACAACCAUGAAACGCUCUCUCGUCUUGAAUCAAAUUUUAAACAAAGGCUUAUCGUAGUGGACGUAAGGUUUGAAAAUUGGGGAAUACCACUAGGGUGAUAUCGUCGAAAAUCCCCCAGGUUCUAAUCGGGAAUAUUUGGUCACGUGAUGCGUUUAGACCAAUCGCGCGCGAGCAAAUAUACUUGAUAGAUCAUAAUGGUAGAUAUUUACCGAGCCGUGUGAAUAUCCGUUUCGGCAUGUACUCGAGGGAUAAUACAGCACAAAAAGACGAUUUUAACUCAUUUAUUCCACAGAGUGCUUCUUCAGUGUUAUCCACUGUUUCAGUAUAUAUUAAUUCCUAUUAUUUUAAUUCAAACGUGUAGGCAAAGACAUUAUUUCAUGUCCCGGAAGCCUUCGUCCGGGAGAUAUUCACACACACUGUUUUCAUGGCUGGCCAAGUACCAUCGUUGGCCCAAACAAACAAAUUUACAGUGAUGUUUUAAAAGCUCGCCAACGUGGGGUUCUUUUUGACGUGGGCCAUGGAGCUGGGUCGUUUUCAUGGACUGUAGCAGAGAUCUGUGCAAGAGAGGGCUUCUGGCCAGACAUAAUCAGUUCCGAUUUGCACGUAGAAUCUGUAGAGAGCCCUGCGUACGAUUUAUUGACUGUGAUGACAAAAAUGCUGCACGUAGGAAUGCCCUUGAAUGACGUCAUCAAAGCUGUUACCAUGACACCCGCAAUUGCCUUUAGACGAGGCAAUGCGAUUGGAUCGCUGAAUGUGAAUCAUGCAGCAGACAUUACGGUGUUGCAUUUUGAAGAAUUUGACAUGGACCUUGAAGAUUGUAACGCACAGUUAAGAAAAGUUAAACGGCGUUUUGUCCCUGUCGCUGUAUGGAAGCACGGAGUUAGCUUUAAGACCUCUGAAGCUCAGCCAUUUCCCAAUGAGGGUAAACUACAGGAGUUGGCCUCAUUAAAUGACGCACUUCUGAUCAAAGAUGAAUUUUGAAUAUUUUGUUUUUCAAUUAAGAUGAUUAUUGAUUCAGAAAUUAUUUACCAGAGUAAACUGAAAGCUAUUCACUUCUCCAAAGAAGAAUGAGAAUUUUCCAAAGCACCUUGAUUUGGAGUGCGAUAAAGGAAUUGUGAUCGUAUAGUCUGAUCGUCCGGGUGAGAGCCGCUUUCUUUCGUCUUUAAAUUACCAAUUCUUGAAAAUUUUAAAAAUAUAGUGUACCGACGAGGAUGGGAUUCGAACCCACGCGUGCAGAGCACAUUGGAUUAGCAGUCCAACGCCUUAACCACUCGGCCACCUCGUCUAUUUAUCUGUGCAUUACAGAUACCAUUUUUGAGCUUUUUACUCUUUACGGUGGCCAAUUUACGUUUUCAGCUCAGUUGUUAGUUGCUAGCCGUAAGUUUUCGAAAUGCUCGAGCAAAAAACGGGACUCAGCAUCACGCGUUGACUGGGAAAUUAUAUAUGCGUUUUAGAACGUAAAGGAGUGCACACAUGAACUUUAGCGUGCUGUUUGAAAUUAAGUUAUACCUUGAAAUAGAAUUUAUUGACAGAUGAGCUUUAUUUUCAGUAAAUGACUUCGCAUCAUACAUAAUUCACGUAAAAUAAUUGAUAUAUAUUCAAUAUUUGUUUUACCUCAAAUGGAAAGAAGAAAACCGUUUCAUUGAAUUUUACGCGAUUUUCCGAUCGGAAAGCUUUGCAGCUAUCAGGAAUAUAC